GACCCACCCUUGCUCAACCGAUUAGCUUCGACAAGCUCGCAGCCAUGGCGCGGUGGCCAGCCGCCGCCGUGGCGUGUGCGCUCGGGGCGGCCCUCCUGGGCAUGCUGGCGGUCACCGCUGACGAGCAAGGUAGCAACAGCAAGUUCACGUGCACGGACACGGAGAAGAAGCGGCCGGGGUGCACGGGCACCUGCCCCGACAGGUGCCCCCAGAGCUGCAUCUCGCUCUGCCCCUCGUGCCAGACAUAUUGCCCUGACCAAGUGCAACCAGUGCGGCCGGCGCUCUUUGUGUUCGGAGACGGGUUUACGGACGUCGGCAACAACAACUACCUAGAGAACAACGAAGUAGGGAACCCUGUAAGAGCCAAUCACUCUUACUAUGGCAUAGACUUCCCCAAUUCCGUGGCCACCGGAAGAUUCAGCAACGGAUUCAACUUGGCUGACUUCAUCGCAAAGGCCAUGGGAUUCGAGAUGAGCCCUCCGCCUUAUCUGUCUCUUAAUAGUCCCACAAAAAUGGAUGCCGGUUUUGCUGGAGUCAACUAUGCUUCGGCGACUUCUGGGAUUUGGAGAGACAUCGACACCGGACUGGACAUCCCACUGAUGGACCAAGUGAAGAACUUCGCGGACACGAUAGGGCAGAUGGGUGCCAACCGUAGCCAGCAAGACCUGAGCAAGAUGUUGUCCAAUUCCCUCUUCCUCGUCAGCACCGGCACCACUGACCUCUACUCAAUCUACAACAUCAACAACAAUGGGGGCUCAGACACUAAAACCAAUGUCCCACACCUCAUCUCCUCCUACGGGGACAGCCUCACGGCCCUGUACAACUUGGGCGCGAGGAAGUUCGGUAUCAUCAACGUUCCGACCUUGUGCACGGCGGUGGUGCGCCAUGGCUGCGAGGGCCUCAUUACCAGCCUCCGCGUGGAGUUCAACGACGGCAUCAAGCCACUCAUGGCCGGCCUCGCCUCCAACCUCAGUGGCCUCCGCUACUCCAUCGCCGACUUCCACGCCUUCUCGGAUGCAGUCAACAUGAAUCCAUCGGCCUACGGGUUUGUGAACACCGGGGGCGCGUGCUGCCAAGGCUCCUGCGCACCUGGUUCUGGGCUGCCGUGUGCCAACCGCUCGCAGUACUGGUAUUGGGACGAGGAGUACCCGACGGAGCAGGCCGCUAAGCUGGCCGCAUCUGCGUUUUUCAAUGGCACAACCCAAUUCACAACACCGAUGAACUUCAAGAUGUUGAUCAACCAAAAGUGAUAUUUCUUUAUGUUUCCGACUUACCGUAUCCAGAAAUAAAGUGAGUCGUCUAUGUGAGACUUAUAUUGCCAUUUGCCAUGAGUUCGUAGGUCAUCAAUUUGACUAACGAAAUAUAUGUUAUAUGCCACCAAAAUUAUAAGAUAUACUUUCGGUUUUGUGAGAAAAAAUGAUAUGCUUUUGAUCGUUAGUCAACAUUUUUUUUCUUUUGCGGGUAGUUCGCAAAUUGAGUAUCUAAAAACUAGAGGGAGUACUGGAGUGUAUCUGUAUAUGGACUACGCAAAAGGAACAGGCUCAAGUGUGUGCCGGAAUUAGUGUAAGGGCACUGUUGGUGCCUGUGUCUAUUUGUACUAUUAUUAAACAGGGAUAUAGAUACAA